AUGCUCGGUUACCCGUCCACGGCUUCUGCCACUGCUGCUGCGUCUACAGCCGCCGGCGCCCAUAUGCACCCAUCAACCACAUCGUAUUCGGAACAGGAAAUCAGCUGUAUCUGCGAAUCAUUAUUCAAUGAAGGAUGGCAGACAGGAAAAUACGAACAACUUUCCCAUUUCCUCUGGACUGUUCCCCAGAUCUAUCGUCAGACAUUGGAGAGUUGUUUGAAAGCUGAAGCUCUGCUCUAUUUCAAUCAAGGAAACUGGAAACAGCUCUAUCGAGUAUUGGAGAGCAACAAGUUUUCUCCUCACAAUCAUCAAAUUCUACAAGAUAUGUGGCUGAGAGCACAUUACGCUGAGGCUGAAAAAACGAAGGAGCGUGAACUCGGAGCUGUUUGUAAGUACCGUAUAAGGAAGAAGAACCCUUUCCCCAGUACCAUCUGGGAUGGAGAAGAGACGAACUAUUGCUUUAAGUCGAAAUCCAGAAAAGCAUUACGAGAUGCGUAUGCUCAGUCUAUGUACCCCUCUGUCGAAGAGAAACGUCGUCUAGCAACGCAGACAGAGCUCUCAGUGACUCAAGUUUCAAAUUGGUUCAAAAACAAGAGGCAAAGAGAUCGAGCAAACGGAGUCCUUGAAAAAAAUUCCGUCAAAUCCGAAUCAGAUGAGGGUUCUUCUGGUGGACGUGACAGUCGACAGAAUGUAGAAGCACCUACAACAUCAUUCCCCGAUGUUGCUCCAUCUUAUCAGGGUUAUAAUACCGUAGCGGCAACAGCAUAUUUCCCUCCAGCGCCAUAUGAGAUGUUCAGCUUACAAACCUUAUAA